UCACAUUUGUUGAGCAUUGGAUUUGCUACCCUCUUACACAAAAACUCAUCGCGUAGCACAUUUCAAGGAUUUAAAAAUGCAAUAAAAAAUUGGUUUUAAAAAAAGUUAAAAUCUCUUGAAUAUGUUUCAAUUAGUGUCUUAGGUCAAUUAUUAUCACACUUAAAUUCAAUGUUGAGAAAAGGGUUUUAUAUUCUAAAAGUAUAUUUUCAAACAUUUUUUGGCUUGUUUUAUUUAUUAUUAAUGUCGGGUUGUAUAUGGUACAUAAAAGACUAGUUGAUUAUCAACAGUUCUGUUUACUUAUGUCUGGAAUUGUUGGUUUGUUGCAAAAUAACCACAUCUCGUAAAAAAAGCCACUGCACUUUAUUUGAUCACAUUUAGUGCUCAUGUUUUUACUUCUAUAACUAACAAAAAUCGCCGAUUUGUAGUUAAGAUAUGGAUACAGUAAUACUAACGGGAGGUCAAACUGCAUACAUAAAUACAACUGAUAUUCGCGGUCAUCUUGACACAAUACGAGCGGUCUAGACGCCAGUUGACUUCUCACCAUCUUCGCGAACAUAUCAACUCAUAUAUAUAUAUAUAUAUAUAUAACUUACUGAACUAGUAUGUGUGUAGUGUUGAUAAUUCUAAUAUUAUUCUUGAAAUACGUAUCUGCGAUUUUUUAGUAAUAUUUGUGGCUUUUUAGUUAAAUAUUUUUUAGUUUUUAAUUAAUUUUUUAAAUUUUAAUCAAUUUGAGUGCUAAUGUAAUGUUUUAGUCGAUUCCCUGUUGGAUUAACAACAGGUAUGAUACCUACUUAGCUUCAAUAAACUAAUAAUUGGGCCGGAUUAAAACCUAUAUUUAAAUUGUAUAAGAAGAACUGUCACUAACCGUGACAGGCUAGUCAAAUUUGUGAUGGGCCAAUUUUAAGGGCCUAACUAAAUAUAAAACAAUUGAAAGCUAAACUAGGUGCGGUACCGCAAUGAACAUUUAUACUACUGUAGUUAAUAUCUCCGAGCAUGAUAAUUACACAAAUUAAAAUUAUUUUGUUGUGACAACUCUAUGAACUUAUAAUCGAAAUGAAUUAUACGAGUCAAUGGUCUUAAAUACAAUUGCUCUUUAUAAAACAAUACGAUAUGAAAAUACUCAUUGAUUGAUUUAAAAUAACACUUGUUGGCAUUAAAUGUGUAUAUUUUAUUUUGUAAAGGACAAACAUCAAAAAUCAUUUGUCAGCUAAACAAUGCCAAACUUUAAAAUUAAUAAAAGACUCUUGUUAAUGAAAAUAUGCUUCUUUAUUUUUGACUCUGGCACUGCACCUAUCACGCCAUUUUUACCAAUAAUCGCCAAACAACGAGGUAUACCCGUAUUUAUUUCUGCAUUAAUAUUUACCAUUUUACCAAUUUUAAACGUAUUGGUAAGACCAUUGGUUGGAUAUAUGACUGAUCGAUGGCGUUGUAGAAAGGCUGUAUUUUUGUGUGCUAGUCUGUCAACAGCUAUUGUGAAUCCUAUUUUACAUUUUAUUCCGACUUUGACUGAUAAAGAAAAAUUGGACGAUGUGAAUAUUUUAACAACAUGGAAGUUUUGGUUGUUUUUAUUGGUUAUUACUUUAAGCCGUGUUCUAUGGAUGAUAGUAGACGUUCUUCAGGAUACUAUUUGUAUAAAUAUCUUAGGUAAAGAAAGUUCAAAUUAUGGCUCUCAGCGGAUUUUCGGAGCAGUUGGAUGGGGAUUCAGCUCCUUGUUUACUGGAUGGUGUAUUGAUUGGUAUAGCCAAGGUGAAAAAGAAAAAAACUUUUUGCCUGCUUUUGCAAUUUCUUCAUUUUUAAUGACCAUUCAUUUUUUGGUUGCAUCUAACUUGGAAAACAAAGAAAAAAAAAAUAUAGUUAAAGUUGAAGGUGCUAUUUUAAAAGUUAUGUCUGAUAUUAAAGUAGUUGCAUACCUAUUAUGGACAACAUUCGCUGGAAUUUUCACAGCUUUUAUUUGGUAUUUUAUAUUUAUAUAUAUUGAAGAAAUAUCUGAAUUAUAUCAUCCAGAACGUAAACCUUGGUUGAAUACUAUUGAAGGAUUUUCAUUCCUUAUACAAUGUGUGGUUGGUGAAUUACCUAUUUUUCUAAUGUUUGGGUUUAUAUUAAAAAUAAUAGGCCAUAUGACUGCUUUUUCAAUAUCAUUUAUCAUGUUUGGUGUAAGAUUUUAUCUUUAUUCAAUUAUUAAAGAUCCAGUGUGGACAUUGCCAGUAGAACUUCUAAAUGGAGUUUCAUUUGCUAUUGCAUUUUUGUCUGGGAUAUCAUAUGCUGCCAAAGUAGCACCUCCGGGAUGUGAAGGAACUCUCCAAGGAUUAUUUGGAAUGGCCUUUCAAGGUUUAGGUAUAUCUGUUGGCUGUUUCAUAGCAGGAUACACAUUUGAAAAUAUGGGUAGUUCAAAAUCUUUUAGACUCAUGAGUUUUGUAGCAUUUUUUGUUUUUGUUGUCCAAGUUUUAGUUAAUAAAUUAAUUCAAAAGAGAAAAAAUAACAACUAUAACAGAAAAGAAGAACUUGGGUCUGUUCAAGAAAUGAAAAAUUUACAAUCAAUUUGAAUUUUGUACAAUAAUUAUUUAUUUUACUGGCUCACAUUCUAAAACACAAAAAAAAAAAAAAACCAAUUUUUUACACUUAAAAUUUUGUAAAACCUAUCUUGUUUAUAAUAUUUUUUAUCUGUGACGUGUUGAUUUAUUUUUUGUUGAUAGUAUCUCUGUGUAUUUAAUGAUGUGUUACAAAGAAUAUUCCCUAUAAAUAAAUUUAAAAUUAAUAAGUGUAUAAUGUAUGACUAUAUUAGUAUGAAACUAAGAAAGUACUUGUUAAUAAAUAAAUAAAUAAUACUAAAAAAAAAAAUGUUAUGUACAUUAGGAAUACAUUAAAAUGAAAUUGAGACAUUUUUUAUAUUAUUAUUGAUUGAUAUCUGACAGUAAUAAAAAUCACUGUCGUAAAAUGCUUCAUUUGAAACAUAUUAAUAUAUAUAUAUCCACUUAAUAAUAAGCGUCUAUUAAACCUCUACAGUUUUCUUAUAUUGUUGGUUAAAUUAUGUAGAGGUGGGUCAGUAGAUUUUCCUGUUUGAUACGCAUGUCGGUUCUUAUGUAAAGGCCCCUUCUUUUAUAGGUACCUAUCAAUAAGUUUUUUCAUAGUCUUAAGAAGAAAUGAAGUGAAAUCUAUUAAUCUGUAGGAUUUCGCUUCAUAGUAGUUAGCGUAGUUACGUUUAGGCAGUGCUCGAAUUGGCCAAAAAUAAGUAGGGGAGCUCAAUUUAACAAUUUGAAAACUGCGUCCCUAGCAUUUUGAAGACCUUUUUUUUUUUUUUUACUCAUAACUUUAUUUAGUAUUUAUUAAUAAAUCAUAUUUCAUUAUCAUACUAAUAUUUAAAAAAAAAAAAAAAGAGGUGGUAUUUUCCACC